AUGUCGUUGAUUGGGUGCCUGUGUGCUCUUUUCAUUGACCGUCGCCUGUAUAAAAUUUCUGCUUGUCAAACAGUGUCUAUUACGCGCCAAGAUAAACGACGAGAUAUAUUCAUCGAUCUGGCUAUUGAAGUGGGCCUGCCUCUCCUUGAACUCCCACUUCACUAUAUCGUCAACGGACAUUGUUACGACCUUCUUGAAGACGUCGGAUGCACCGUCGUGGCCUACAACACCGCACCUGCGUACCCCUUGGUUUACGUUUCGCUUCUUAUCUGCUCCAUUUUCUGUUCAGUUUUCACCAUCCGUUCUUUCCUUCUCCAUCGGCUCCAAUUCAACCAGUUCCUUUCUUCCAAUUCUUCUUUGACCGCCAACCGGUAUUUCCGCCUUAUGGCUCUAGCCUCUAUCGAGUUGUUCGUGAAUACAAUUUCCGGCUAUGGCCUCUAUACCAAUAUCAACCGGGGGGAGAUCCACCCCUGGGUGAGCUGAGCUAACACCCACUAUGGCUGGUUAUGCCCUCGCCAUUCUUCAAGUUCGUAAGCUGGGAUGCAUCCCAAUUACCUCUAUCUGCGUUCGUCUCCGUAUCCACUUUGGUUAUUUGUUAUGUAUGCUACUUAAAUAACUGUACUAGUAGCCUGUUCUCGAAAGAUCCCAGGAGUUCUAGUGGCAAGACGCUUUUGAUUCUGGGCCACCAGCUUCACUCGGCGACGCUGUCUCACACCUAUGUAUGCUUAGCAUGCCGAUGAUGUUGAUCCAAUGAAGUCGUUGCGGUCAUACUGCAGUCUCACAGGCCAGACGUCUCAUGAAACGAAGAAAUGCAACAGCAUAUGGUCGUCAUA